AUGGCAACCUAUAUUGGACAACCAAAAAUCAGCGCAAAAUCACGCAUCCACCGACUCGCUGGCAAUGUAUCUGACACGAAGUCCAAAAAAGGAGGGCUGCGCAACCGAGGCAAAGUCACUCGAUUGCGAGACAUACCAUUGGACAUAUUUUUCAAGAUCGCAUCAAGUCUCACUCCUCCCGAUUUAUUACACUUGGCUCGUGUAUCAAAGGAGCUCCGCCAGAUAUGUCUCUCAAGGCAAUGCCGGCAUUUGUGGAUCGCUGUCACAGGAACGUACCCGGUCUACCCGCCUGCCCGGCACGCUUUAUCAGCGAACCUUGUUUCAGUGGAUUCAGUUCUGAGAGUAAACACUCAGGCGUGCGGAAUCGGUCGUGCCGGUGGCGUGGAAUAUGGAAUCGCCAUGCGGUUUUGCUGGGUGUGCCACAAGAUAAACCUUAUCAAGGAUAAUCUUCACGCUAUUGCGCGAGUCGCGUACAAUCGCUGGGAGUACUUGUGGAGUAAUCCUAGUAGUCUCAAGAACGUUGAAAAGGGCAAGUAUUAUGUGCCCGAGUUCAAGGCGGUCGUAAAACGGUACCUCGAUAUACAGCACGAACCGAUGGAGGUGGAGAAGUUUGUGAGCGCCCGCAGAGAAUACGCCACUGCAAUGAUGCGGCUCAGCCAUGAACUCGUGAGGUGGGAGCUCGUGGUCAAUGACGAGAAGGCCAAGAAGGACAAUGAGAAGCGUUGUAGUAGAUACCGCAGCAUUGUGCGGAAUUGGAAGGAUUUGGGAUGUACCACGACCGACUUCCCUAGAACUAGAGAUUGGUUCCACCAACUUCAAAAGCUUACUCCGCGCAUUUGGGAGAUCAACCGAAAAUGA